CCGGCCCCCGGCGAAGCAGCGCAGCAUGAGGCGGCGGCGGCGGCUGGCGCAGCUGGUGCUCUUCUGCCCCUUCUCCGGGGCCCUGCAGAGCCGUCUUCCUGGCAUCAAGGUGAAAUACCUUUUCCUUGCCUGGCUGGGCAUUUUUGUGGGCAGCUGGGUGGUCUACAUGCAUUAUUCUUCUUACUCCGAACUCUGCCGAGGACACGUCUGCCAGAUGGUCAUUUGCGACCAGUAUAAUAAAGGGAUAAUUUCUGGGUCCACGUGCAAAGACCUGUGUGAGGACCACACUCUGGUGUUCCAGCAGUGUCUGUCAUCCUCUCCGACACACCAGGUGUACAGCGGACUCUGGAAGGAGAAGGAGGUGAUCGUUAAGUGUGGCAUUUCUGAGGACUCCCUGAAGGUCGACAGCAGCCCAGACUCUGUGCUCAGGAGAGACGUGGUUCUCUUCGACAAGCCCACAAGGGGAACUUCAAUGGAUGAAUUCCGAGACAUGCUCCUGAAUUUCUUAAAAUCCAACCUGGGAGACCAGCCCUCUCUUGCACCCUUAGUGAACAAGAUUAUUACCGUGGCUGAUGUCAGCCAGGAUGGCAAAUUGUCUUUGGCAGAGGCCAAAUCCAUAUGGGCCCUGCUCCAGCAGAAUGACUUUCUGCUCACCCUGUCUUUGCAUGAGAAAGAACACGCCUCCAAACUGCUUGGCCACUGUGGGGAUCUGUACAUCACUGAGAAGAUCGCCCACACCUCCUUCUACAACAUGGACGUCCCUCAGUUUCUGCAGCCACUGUUGCCUUCUGCCAUCCAGAGAGUUAUUCACCAGUGGUUCUCCCCAGCGUGGUCACGGCGAGCCAAAAUUGCCAUAGGCCUUUUGGAAUUUGUGGAGGAGAUAUUUCAUGGCACCUAUGGGAACUUCUACAUUUGUGAGACCGGCUUCAGGAACAUGGGCUAUAACAACAAGUAUGACUUCAAGAUCGUUGACCUGAGAAAAGUGGCAACAGAGAUGACAAUCCGGCGGUUCCUCAAGGGGCGCCACUGUGAGAAGAACAUUGACUGUACCUACGGGAAGGACUGCGUGGCGCCCUGUGACAAGCUCAUGAAGCUGUGCAAGAGCGACGUGGUCCAGCCCAACCUGGCCAAAGUGUGUGGCCUUCUCCAGGAGUUCUUGCUCCAUGGAGUGCCCCCGGACCUCAGAGAGGAGCUGCAGAAGCAGCUGAAAACCUGCACCACUCUCAGUGGCUUGGCAAGCCAAAUGGAAGUCCAUCACUCACUCGUGCUGAACAGUCUCAAGACACUGCUGUGGAAAAAAAUUUCAAAUACCAAAUACUCAUAGAGAU